AGGAAAACCAAGUAGCCGAUAUUCCUCUUUUUAACUUUCGGACAACUGGACAAGCACUCAGUCGACCAAAACGCGUAGAGAAAAGAGAGAUCAGAUGGAGUGUGAUCGGAGAGUUGGGGUGGCGGUGGACUUCUCGGCGUGCAGCAAGAAAGCGCUGAAAUGGGCGGUGGACAACGUGGUACGGGACGGGGAUCACCUUAUACUAGUUACUGUACGCCCCGAAGGGAACUACGAGGAGGGCGAGAUACAGCUCUGGGAAGCCACCGGCUCCCCUUUAAUCCCUCUAAGUGAUUUAUCUGAUCCUAUCAUCAUGAAGAAGUAUGGAGUGAAGCCUGACCCUGAGACCCUGGACAUUGUAAACACUGCUGCUAUGCAAAAAAAGAUUAUGGUGAUCAUGAAGAUCUACUGGGGAGAUGCUCGCGAGAAGAUAUGUGAAGCAAUCGAUAAGAUUCCUCUGAGCUGCCUUGUUAUAGGAAACAGAGGUCUGGGCAAGCUUAAGAGGGCUAUAUUAGGCAGUGUGAGCAACUAUGUGGUGAAUAAUGGUUCUUGUCCUGUUACAGUAGUGAAGCAGGUGGAGCUUGAACACUAGUUUGUGUUACCAGCUAGCUUAGCCUGUGCGCGCGCGCGCGCUAUUCUCUUUGUCCAUGAUGGGUUGCUUUUUCCCUUUGGCUCAAGGCAAAUAAACCAUUCUAUACAAUAUCUUGUAUUGCUUUUGUUGGUGUUGGUAACACAAUCAAAGCAAGUUUUGCUUUGAAGUUAAAUAAUCAAACAAACUAUGGCUAUGCCUUAGAAACAGUUGGAUUUAUGCACAAUUAGUGUAACAAGUUGCUAGCUUUAGUAUUACCAAUUGGAAAGGGAGAAUCUUUGAACUUUCAGACCAA